UGUCAACGGAUGAAGAGCAGCAAGCAGAAACAAGUAGGACUGCUACAUCCUCUUCCUGUCCCAGAAAAACCAUGGCAAGUGGUUAGCCUAGAUUUCAUCACCGGGCUACCAACUACCACUAGCGGUCAUGACGCAAUCCUCGUCGUCAUCGACAAAUUCUCCAAAAUGGGACACUUCAUCCUGACACACACGACAGCACGCACCGAAGAAGCGGCACAACUAUUCGUUCACUACAUCCUCUCACAACAUGGCAUUCCAACCACACUCAUCUCCGACCGAGACCCCAAGUUCACCAGCAAGUUCUGGAAGGAACUAAUGUCUUUGCUUGGGAUCAAACUCGCCAUGUCAUCCGCCUACCAUCUGCAGACAGAUGGACACACUGAGCGCCUCAACCAAAUUGUAGAGCAACUCCUCCGCGCAGCAUGCAAAGACGAAAUCUCUAAAUGGUACUUGCAUCUGCCCGUCCUGGAGUUUGCCUACAAUAACGCCACUCACGCUGCUACUCGACAGACGCCCUUCUUCCUCUGCUACGGACGCCACCCGCUCAUGCCACAGAAACCGACAGCAUCAGCCACAUGGUAAAGCGGGGAUGCUCAGCCAAG